AUGGCGCUCAUGGGGAUCACCCCGGAGAUCGUCGAGGAGGCGAAGUCGUUCGUGAACCCGUACAAGAACGACGAGGAGAUGCUCAAGGAUUGGUACCCCAAGCGAGACGCGUGGCGGGAGGAUUACAAAAAGAAGAGGCGCGCGGCGAUGCGACGGAAGAAGGGGUUCAACCCCGGCGGGAGCGACACCCUCGCGGACGUGCUCUUGAAGAACAGCCCGCUGGACAGGUUGUGA